GUGCGACUGAGGAUGGGCACAGUUACCGCACUUCACAACAUGAGGGCUGUCUACCUCCUGCUCUGCCUCGCUCUGGCUCGCUGCGCCUCGGCCAGCAUCUUCCGCCACCAGCUGCGCCCUCACACGGACAGUCUGAUUGUCCAGCCGCUCGACUACGUGGACCAGUACCAGCAGCAUGCCAAGGAAACCAAAAUGCACCUCCGAGGACCAGUCUCCUCCUCGGAAGAGACCAAGGAACGCAUCAGCUACGACGACUUGAACGACUACGCUUCCCCACUGCGAUCCGGCGACAGAAACUGGAAUUCCCCGCUGUUCUCCGCAAUGAUAACACCGGGAGAGCCGAUACCUUUCGGUGACGUUAUAUCCUGGCACGGCGUCGAAAUAGCGACUGGAGCGAAAUCACUCGUCAAGGACAAGAAAGACAUCGAACGAAUUUUCAACAACGCCUACAACAAUAUGCAACACCUGAGCGAGGAGGACAAGAAGAAGAUUCACGAAACUUUCGAAACGACCACCUUAACCGCCAAUGAAGAUGUCCACUUAAACGCUACGCAACUGAUCAAGAAACACGGAUACGGAGUAGAAGAGCACGUCGUGAAAACCGACGACGGUUACUUCCUCACCCUGUUCCGCAUUCUGCCGAGACAAGUAUCCCUUGAAGAGAAACCGCGUCCAGUUGUGUUCCUCAUGCACGGAUUCCUGGGCAGCGCUGAUGAAUGGCUACUAAAUGGUCCAGAGAAAUCCCUCGCCUAUUUACUGUCGGAAGCCGGAUACGACGUAUGGCUCGGCAACGUUCGAGGAACCACAUACUCCCGCCGUCACGUCAGCAAGCACGAAUCUCACCCCGACUUCUGGCACUUCAGCAUCGACGAAAUCGCCCUCCACGACUUGCCCGCCAUGAUAGACUACACCCUCAAGACUACGGAACAAAAGAAGCUGCACUACGUCGGUUACUCUCAGGGCUCCACAGUAUUCUUCGCUUGGGUCGCAACCCAUCCUGAGGUCAGAGACAAGAUCGUAUCGAUGCACGCUCUGGCACCGAUGGUCUACAUGACUAACGUACGCAGUCCUCUGAUAAGGAUGAUAUCACCGGCCAGCCGCUUCUACGAGCGUAUUGCACAGGAACUAGGACACGGAGAGUUCAAACUUAGCAAGGAGCUCAUUCAAACUGUCGGAGGAGACAUGUGUGAAAAGGAAAUCGGAUGCAAGCACGUGUGCUCGAACGUAAACUUCGUAAUGACCGGCGUUGAUACCGCUGGAAUAGACACAGAACUGAUCCCCGUGAUCGUAAGCCACUUGCCCGGCGGAGCGUCAACGAGACAGAUCAAACAGUUCGGGCAGGCUGUGUCGUCGCACGAGUUCAGGAAGUACGACUACGGCAUUGACAUUAACAAGAAGAUCUACGGUCUCCGCCAUCCGCCUAAGUACAACAUGACUGAAGUGAAAGUCCCGGUGAGCCUUUACUACAGCGAAGAGGACUGGCUUGUGCAUCCCAAGGACGUAGAGAGGCUGCAGAAGGAGUUACCUGACGUAAGAGGAACCUUCAAAGUUUCGGAGAAACACUUCAGCCACAUGGACUUCCAAUUCUCUAAGAAAGCCCCCGAGGUUGUCUACAAGUGGCUGAUCGAAUCUAUCAAGAAGACCAAAACUUAUUAGAUCGUAAUUAAUAUUAUUUAUAAACUGUUUUAGCAUAAUGUACUUGUAUUAGACCAAUUGUAAUUUAAAGCUCGCAUUAUAUUUAUCCGUCCAUCGAAUAAAAAAGAUUUUCAUGCCUAUUA